CCCAGGAUCGACGGAGGCCAGGGCCGUCAAGCAAGCAAGCAAGCAAGCCAGGGCCGUCAUGUCCUUCACCAAGGAAGAUGAGCUGAACGACUCGCAAGUGUCCGAGCUUCGCGACUUGUUCUUCAAGUUCGACACGGAGCGCACGGGGACGGUGGCCUUCGAGCACGUAGACGAGAUACUGCGAGCCGCUGCGCGCGUCAUCACUGACCCCGAGUUCAAGAAACGCGUGAAGAGCACCGUACCCGGCGACCUCGGGAAGAAGGUGCAGUUCCCAGAGUUCGUGGAUCUGGUGCAGAAGUGCACGCGCGCGUUCAGCCCCCAGACAGACCUGCGCGACGCGUUUCGGGUGUUUGACCGCGAUGGCCACGGCUUCAUCACCACGGCCGAGUUGCGUCACGUGGUCACCACGCUGGGCGAGCGUAUGACCGACGAGGAGGCUGACGAGCUCGUCCGGGAGGCAGACCCGACCAACGCAGGGCACGUGGACUACGAAGAGUUCAUCAAGACCAUCACUACGCCACUUCCACCCGACCAGUAUGGCGUGCCGCCCAAGAAGAGGCCGCCGCCGAGCACAGAAUUGCAGGAGCCUGGCCCCGACGACGUGACGCCGAGUGCGUCAGGCAUGCCAGCGGAGAGGGCGUCCGUGAGCGUGGUGUCCGAGACGCAGCCCGCGGGCAGCGAAGUGGCCGUCGCGGCCCCGGCACCCGCCGAAGGUGGAGACAAGUCCGCCGCAUCAUCAGCACCAUCAUCCGAGCAUCGCAGCGAACACAAGUCCGGCCAGGGUUCAGGAAAAUCAUCCGGAAAGGGAUCUGUCUCGGGAUCCGCCAAAGGGUCAGUCUCGGCCUCUGCAAAAGGGUCCGCCUCGGCUUCCGGAAAGGGAUCCGCGAGCGGAUCCGCAGCCGGCUCCGCAGAAGGAUCUAAAAAGUCGUCUCGGAAGGGUUCUGGUACCGGGGACAGCCCAGCCGCUCCUGCUGUUUCCGGCGGUCCUCCCGUCGAAGCCGUCGUGCAUGAUGCGCCGGCCGAGAAGAAGGACGGUCAGAUGGCCAACAAAUGACGUCCACGCCGGUCUCAAUGAGCCUGCUGUGAGGUCUUCGAAGCAGGGUACGAAAAACUGCGGCACGGUCCGGAGAACGAGUACCUUGGCGGUACCAUGGCCGAUUCGACGACGUCGGCUGCAGUUUCCGUUGCCUUGCCAAGUCCUGCUUGGGAACGCCUCGCGUGUACAGCGUCAGAAAUAAA